AUGGCCAGUCUUAUUCAGUCUAAGCCUAAGGCAGCUGAUCUGGGCGAAUCGUUUACUGAAACCACACAGAAUGGGGAAGAUAUUCCCAUAGAGCAUCUUCAAAAUGACAAAAUUCAGCGUUUAGAAGCAGACAUUGCUAUCUUAGUCAGAGGACGAAAUUCCGAGGUAAAUGAAUUAAAUAAUAUUAUUGACACUCUUAACAAAAAGAAUGAACUAAAACAAAGAGCAGCGACAUAUUCCAUACAUGUCAUCGGACACAAUGCAUAG